AUGGCUAAUCUUCCACCUAGAAAAUUUUCAACAUCUAGUAAAACUUCUAAGCAGGAUGCAUCUCCCCUGCAAAUACUCCUACAGAUGGGCUUUCCGAAAAAUCGAGCAUUAAAGGCCUUAGCGGCUACAGGCAACCGCAGUGUUCAGUUGGCAUCUGACUGGCUUCUAACCCAUGUUAAUGACUCUUCGAUAGAUGAUAAUCAGCCACGGGAAUACAUUUUCUAUGCUAGUCCUACUGGUCCACUUCUGAAACAGUUGCAUGAGUUUUGGGAGAAAUCUAAAUCCAUUGGUAAAUGGAACGGAGCCCACAAUUUUCCACCUCACAUUACACUUGUUUCCUUUUUCAAGGCAGCAGAUGAUACAUCCUUACAAUUGGCAAAAGCAGUAAAGCAAGUUGUGGAAAUGGUUGGUAAUCCACCAACAAGCCAACCUAAACUGGAACCAUAUGUAUCUCACAAUUUUAUGGGUCUUUUCAUAUCGGAGGAACAUGCUGAGUACCUUAAGAAGAUCGCUGUACAAUUUGUCAAGGAAGUCUCUUCAAUAUUGGGUGUAAAAGUGGAUACAUAUGAGCAUUUGGAUGCGCUGGGUGCUUGCUUUCCCUGGUGUACCAUGGCUCAAGAGAAAGAUAUCUCAACAAAUCUUGAGGCACACGUGAAGUCGCUGCAUAUAACUCUAGCGUACCAUUUUGAUGUGUCAGCUUUUGAUGCUUUGAAAACCCUGGUGGAAGGCUUGAAGCCAGAAUCUCUUACCAGUUGGGAGUUGCGUCUUUAUUCGAGGGAUCCUCGCUUCGCCAAUCAUUCGGUCCAUAAAGUGGUGCAAAAUUACGUCCCAGAAGCGAGUGACGAGUUGGAACUAGUUAUCGGCGAUUAUAUUUAUAUAGAGGAGAAACAACUGGAGAGCUCCCAAGAUGGCUGGGUGCAUGGCACUUCUUGGCUCACAGGUGUUUUUUUUUUAUCUUCUCAAAGAUAUUUCAGAAAAAGAAUGUUAAAAUGUGUUAUGAGAUGUCAAAAGCUAUCUGGUGUGAGCGGUUAUCUACCGGCUGUGUAUACCCGUCGUACGGCCGAGUCGGACGCGUGGACUUUACACCGGGCUCUAUCGCUGGGAAACAAUUUGGGUGCCGAUUCUAAAUCGGAGUCUGGUUCGGACGUGGAAAUGACGAGCUACCCGCACGAAGACUCGCCCCAACUGGGUCUCGAGAAGUCUGAGGAGAUGUAUAAGGAUUGGGAGAAAUACUGGAUGACAGUGAGGGACGUGAAGACAGAUGGAAUGUUGAAUGUGGUUGAAGGUGGCAAUGGACUUGAUUGGAAGUCAGAAAAAGCUACUGGUAAUGGAGAUUGCAAGAUGAAUGGAGACAAGAAACGGCGUCGUUGGGUGUUCGCAAUGCGUCACGGCGAACGGGUAGACCUCACUUACGGAGUGUGGGUUCCGUUCUGUUUCGAUGAUAGCGGGAAAUAUGUCAGGAAGGACUUGAAUAUGCCAGUGGCUUUGGGCGAUAGAACUGGAGGCAAGGACUCGUACGCAAUGGACACGCCGUUGACCCGCGUUGGGCAACUGCAGGCGCAACUUGUGGGGGAGGGGCUUCGUGCGAGCGGCGUCACCGUUAAGCACGUGUACUCUUCCGCUGCGCUCCGGUCCAUUGAGACUGCGCAUCAUUUCUUGCUGGGUCUGCAGGCGGACCCUUCAGUCAAAGUUCGUGUUGAGCCAGGCCUGUUUGAAUACAAAAUGUGGCAUUUGGCAAAAGGAAUGGCACCGUUUAUGACACCGCUGGAACUCCACAAGGCUGGACUUAAUGUUGAUAUCAAUUACAAGCCCUACGUUGAUCUAGAGAUUAACACUCCUGAGACAUUGGAAGACUUUUUCAUUCGAAACGAGUUAGUGAUGCAGUCGGCUGUGAAGGACACCGAAGCUGAAGGUGGCAACAUUAUUUUCAUCGGUCACGCGGCGACAAUUGAUGUGAUGGUGUUGGCUUUGAAAAGACUGGCAGAAGGUAAAACUGACGAAUCCAACUACCAGAUCAGUAAGAACCUGUUAAGAGUGCCCUAUUGCGCCCUCGGAGCUAUGCGCACUAACCCAUGGGAAGUGGUGUCACCACCAUGCCCCCCUUCUAUCAAUACCAGUUCAGCUCGUUACAACUGGAAAAUGCUUCUUGAUAUUAAGGUGGACGAAUCUUAA